CUGGGCGGCCCCAAGCGUUGGCCCCCGGCGGCCAUGAUGAGGCCCCGCCUUUCGGCUUCGGCUGCUGCUUGUUUCCCCGCCGCCGCCAAUCCCCGAGGAGAAGAAUGGCAUUGAAGCAGAUUUCCAGCAACAAGUGCUUUGGAGGAUUGCAGAAAGUUUUUGAACAUGACAGUGUUGAAUUGAACUGCAAAAUGAAAUUUGCUAUCUACUUACCACCAAAGGCAGAAACUGGAAAAUGCCCUGCACUGUAUUGGCUGUCUGGUUUGACUUGCACGGAACAAAAUUUUAUUUCAAAGGCUGGUUAUCAUCAAGCUGCCUCCGAACAUGGCCUUGUCGUCAUUGCUCCAGAUACGAGCCCUCGUGGCUGCAAUAUUAAAGGAGAAGAUGAGAGCUGGGACUUUGGCACUGGUGCUGGGUUUUAUGUGGAUGCCACUGAAGAUCCUUGGAAAACUAACUACAGAAUGUACUCUUAUGUAACUGAGGAGCUUCCGCAACUCAUAAAUGCCAAUUUUCCAGUGGACCCCCAAAGGAUGUCUAUUUUUGGCCACUCCAUGGGAGGCCAUGGAGCUCUGAUUUGUGCUUUGAAGAAUCCUGGAAAGUACAAAUCUGUGUCGGCAUUUGCUCCCAUUUGCAACCCAGUGCUCUGUCCUUGGGGCAAAAAAGCCUUUAGUGGAUAUUUGGGAACAGAUCAAAGUAAAUGGAAGGCUUAUGAUGCUACCCAUCUUGUGAAGUCCUACCCAGGUUCUCAGCUGGACAUACUAAUUGAUCAAGGGAAAGAUGACCAGUUCCUUUCAGAUGGACAGUUACUACCUGAUAACUUCAUAGCUGCCUGUACAGAAAAGAAAGUCCCUGUUGUUUUUAGAUUACAAGAGGGUUAUGAUCAUAGCUACUACUUCAUUGCAACCUUUAUUACUGAUCACAUCAGACAUCAUGCAAAAUACCUGAAUGCAUGAAAACUUCAGAUAAGAGGAUUUGUUCAAGAUUAUAUAAAAUUUGUUCAAGAUUAUAAAAAGAAAAAUGAUUUCAAGACAUUGGAUUUCAUAGUGCUAACAAUGCAUCAUUCCGUAGUUGAAUCACUUUCUGAAUAAAUACGUAAAAUCUGCUUACAAUUUAAAAGUUAUUUUACCAGUGUUCAUAUGGGAACUAUUUAAUACUUUACAGCUUUUGCAAGGUCAUUUGGAAAUCAUUGUUGUAUUAACCUCAGGCCACAGAAUAUAUGAAUAUAAUCCCAUUUAAAUCCUAGAAUGCUAACUCAGGAACGGGUCUUAGAGGUAAUUUAGCCUAAACCCCUCACUUUGUCAGGCUUGAAGUCUGAAAGCACGGACUAUCUUCAUUAUGUUCAGUGUUAGAUCUCUAGUGUCUAGCAACUGCUUGGCUUCUAAUAGGCAUUUAAUAACUGAUUUGUUGUUAAAUAAGGAAGUAGGCUCAGAAAGGUUAAGUAAGUUCCCCAUCCUUACACAGUUACUUGUGGGACAGCUAAGAUUAGAAGCCAGAUUUCCUAAACCCAAUCCAGUGGUACUUCUUUUCUUAUCUAUUAAGCCAAACAGAUUUGUGGACAUUGAUUUCUGGAAUCUCCCCAGAGACAAGAAUUAAAUAAUCAGAUUCAAUGUGGAAAUAGCUAUAUAAGGAAAGUUGUUUCAUAUGUUACUGUAAACAGUAUUUUCCUUCAGUUACAUGCAGAAAUUUAGCUUGGUGAGCUCGCCAAGAAAAGUAAUCCAUCUCUUCAUAAAUAACAAAUUAUGUUCCUUUAAGAACUUAAUGAAUAAACUUC